UUGUUGCAAAUUCUAAUUUUUUGGUGGAUUUGCGUUUACACGUGCGUCUUCUUAUUUAUGUGAAUAUAGAAUCAUGGGAAAGACAAGAAAGCAUAAAAUUCAAUAUUCUAGGAAAUUAAACCCUUUAUUUACUAUCAACGGCAGCGAAAGUGACGACUUUCUAAAUAAUAGUAGUGAAAUUGCUAUCGGACCAAUAGAAGCAGUGCGUGAUCAAUUACAGAAUGCUAACACGGAAGAAAAGUUGAAUGGCUUGCAGUCCUUAGCUGUUUUGACGGCUAGUAAAGAUAAAGUUGCUAGUAUUUGUCAAACAGAUAUUGUGCGCAUAGUUGGUCCUUUCUUAUGUGAAAAAGACGUAUCAGUCCGCAAUGCUGCAGCUGGUGCGUUAAGAAAUUUGUCUGUCGCUAGUAGUGAAGUGUGCGAUUAUUUGGUUGAACAAGAUAUUCUCACACCUUUGUUUGUAAUGCUGCAGGAAUAUGCAGUAGACGAUUGGAAGCCAAAGUUUGAUGUCAAUAUGUGCAAUCAAAUGGACAUACGUUCGGACAUAUUUUUGCAGGCUAUCAAUUUGCUGUGGAAUUUGUGUGAGAGCGCCCCUUAUGCCGUCGAUACCUUCAAUCAGACUGUACUGAUGGAAAGCUUUAUACGAUGUUUAGAUUUCAGUGUCUACGGAUUGGAUAUAGCAAUAUCUGUAGCUCAAUUCUUUUUAGUGGUUUCUGAAAACAAUCCUAAAUCGUGGAAAGUGUUUAACAAUUAUUUACCCAAUUUCUUGCGUCUUCUAUCAUUAACGGGUGAUUACGGCCAAGGGUACCUUUGUUCUUUAGCAGCCGCAAUUUUAACAAAUGUACCAGCACUGGCCGCUUCCUAUAGUGUUACCAUGUUACGAGCUUUGGCUGGAGUACUCAAAAUUAAUCAUCAAGUCGUCAUAUCAUCAGUUAUAGCCAAUAUAUCUAAUCUUUCUAACUUAAUAUCACAAUCAGAGACAUUUGAAUUAGAAAUUAAAAUGGAUAUAACAGAUGAUAUUUUAGAUGAAAGCGAGGAGGCAGCGGCCACUCGUAGACGGCGUCAAGAAUUACCAACUGAAGCCGAUAUUGUGGUUAGGGAUAUCGGUUAUUUAUUAGAUGCGCAAAGAGUAGCUGCCGAAGUUAUAACAAAUCUCUGUUCCGACGAGGAUGAUGAAAAUGAAGAUGGGAAUGAUAUCGACGAUGAAAGUAUAUCGGAAAAUGAAUGUGUAGUGGACUAUGAGUCUAAUGAAACUAGUGGAAGUAAUUUGAAUUUAGUGGAGGGCGAUAAAUUCGGAUUUGACGUGAUAGAUGUCAUAAAAUCUUUAAGUAUUGUUGAACAGCUUUGGCAACGGGCACAACUUCUUAGUGAUGACCUCUCAAAUCAACUGCGAGAAACAGAUAUAAACUUACUUAUGAAGGCGAAAAAUUUGCGAAUUUCUUCACUUUUAUGUUUGCAAAAUUUGUGCAAUUGUCUCACUUCUGAAGACUUAGGUGGGCACAAUGCAAUCUAUAGUGUUUGGCUAGAAUUGGGACAACAGGUAUUCAAAGGUCCAAGGGAUUAUUCAAUUAUGGAGCCUUCCACAUCUCUGAUGCGUUCGGCUUUGGAGCAUUUGAAGAGCCAUCGAGAGCUUUUCAAGCAAAUGGCUCAGAACGAUUUGGAGCUUAUUUUAGGUGGCGUGAAAAAUUGUUCGAUGCCCGAAAUUCGAGCGAAUUGGUUACGUAUGUUGGGUACACUGGGCUGUCUUUUACCGGAACCACUAGUAAAAUUAAUAAUUUCGUUUAUUGUUGAAACUUGCACUCAUGAAGAAGAUGUUUGGACACUGUCCGAAGCUUUCGAUGCUUUAAUGGAUAUGUUUUCCGAUAAUGAUUGGCCUGAAAUUAUAAUGCAAAUAGACUUAGCUAAAGAAGUUCAGAAACUGGAGAAGACUUUUAGGAGUAAAGCUCGUUCGCAACGCAAGGAAUUGAAAGAACGAUAUGCGGCUGUUCAAACAGUUCGUGCCAAUUUAACACGUUUCGUCAUAUACUUGGAAAAGGAAUCAAUGAAACUCGGUGGGCUACCUAGCUCCACAACAGACUGAUUGUAAUUCGGAGCAAAAAAAGUUUUUAUUGCCUUACUUUAUAAUUUCUUUUAAAAAUGCUUUGAGUUGUAUUUGUUCCAUUCACAAUCUUUGUUAUAUUGAGUAUUUACUGUCUUCUUCCAAUAAAGUGGAGGUUGGGAAAUUAUGUAGGA